AUGGACAAAGAAGAUUACUGUAAUAAGAUCAAUGCUAUGCUUUCGGAUUGCAGCAUUUUACGGCCUCUCCAAGACUCAGAAAGAAUCGGUCCCCCUUCGCUCUAUCGUCAGCAAUAUGGGGGACCCUCCUACCAGUUGGCCCGCUACUUCACCAAACCACUUCAAAAACUCACUGGUCUCAAUGGAUCUUACAUCAAGAAUUUUAUUGAUUUUGUGAACAAAAUUGCAAAGAUCAAAACGAAACUCAAUGACAUCCUGGUGAGUUUUGAUGUGGUUUUAUUAUUCACAAAUGUCCCGGUCCAGGAUACGUUAGACAUUAUCCGACAAAAGUCCGACAAACUUCCGGCCAACCUCUUUCCACUAAUAGAACAUUGCCUAACCUUGACCUACUUCCAGUUUCAAGGAGAGUUCUUUGAACAAACCUCUGGAGCAGCAAUGGGAUCCCCUGUUUCACCCAUUAUUGCAAACAUUUUCAUGGAACAUCUCGAAGACAAAAUUCUGAAGAACGCACCUCUCAAACCUUCCACGUGGUUCCGAUACGUAGAUGACACAUUUGUUAUAUGGAGCCACGGCAAAGAAACUUUCUCACCCUUCCUCGCUUUUCUCAACGCCCAACACCCAAACAUUAAGUUCACAAUGGAGGUAGAACAAGAAAACCAAAUUCCCUUCCUAGACGUGUUGGUUCGAAGAAACGGAGAUGGUACCUUAGACCAUCGGGUUUAUCGAAAACCAAUCCAUACUGACCAAUAUCUUCACGCAACCUCCCAUCACCAUCCGUCACAAAAAAAUUUAGUUAUCAACUCAUUGGUAUACAGAGCCCUCACAGUUUCUGUACCAACGUUCCUGAAUAAGGAGUUACAACAUCUUAAUCAAACCUUGACUAGGAAUGGGUACAACAGCAAGAACAUUAAUCAGAUAACCAAGAGAUUGAAGAACAAAAUCUCCAGUCCCAACGACACCGAAAUGAAGAAAGAGAAAGAAAAAUAA